AAUCUCCACAUGUUAUAAAAAAUACUUUUUAUAAAUAAAUAAUUCCAACAAAUAUGUUAAUGAGACGGGGACUCAAUUAUUUGCAUCGAUGUACAGGAUCCAUUUUAAAUGAUUCCCUGUUGGGAGUAAAAAACUCACAGAAUAAAGUUGGUGGAGGAAAAAAACUAUCAGCACAUUACAGUCAAGAUCAUCCGCAAGUUAAAAAUCCGAGGAAAGAAUUAUUGCCAGUUAAUAAGUAUCUGCAGAGAACGCACACUUGUGGAGAACUUGGAGUUGAAGAUGUUGGAGAGACAGUAAAUUUGUGCGGAUGGAUGGAGUAUCAGCGAAUGGGAAAAUUUAUUACCUUAAGAGAUUCCUAUGGAACUAUCCAGUUGUUGAUUCCUGAUGAUAAACAAUCUUUGAUUAAAGCUGUACAGCAAUCAAACUUCGAAAGUGUUAUUUCAGUAACAGGAAAAGUAACACCAAGGCCAGCAGGACAAGAAAAUAAAAAAAUGAAGACUGGUAGCAUAGAAAUUAUUGUCGAGUCUCUUGAUAUUUUAAAUAACGCGGUGCCACAGCUUCCUUUUUACAUUAGAAAGCACAAUGUACCGAAGGAAAUGCUGCAGAUGCAGUACAGAUACUUGUCACUGAGAUUUCCCUCGAUGCAAAGAAAUCUACGACUGAGAUCUCAGUUUAUCCAUAAAUUGCGCGGAUACCUGAUAGAUCACUGCGGGUUUGUGGAUGUAGAAACUCCUACUCUCUUCAGACGGACCCCUGGUGGAGCUCAAGAGUUUGUGGUGCCGACUAGAGAGCCAGGAAAAUUUUAUUCACUCGUCCAGAGUCCUCAGCAAUUCAAGCAGUUGCUGAUGGUCGGAGGGAUUGAUAGGUAUUUUCAAAUCGCUAGAUGUUAUAGGGAUGAAGGCGCUAGACCUGAUCGUCAGCCAGAGUUCACUCAACUGGAUAUAGAAAUGUCAUUUGUUGAUCGGCAAGGUAUUAUUAGUUUAGUCGAAGAUCUUUUAUGUCAUUGUUGGCCCAAAGACUUUGCUGAGUUGAUUCCUCCUUUUAGACACUUCACUUACGAACAAGUGAUGGAACUUUUUGGAACAGACCAACCGGAUCUCCGGCUUCCUUAUCGUAUAUUUAAUGUACCUAAAUCCGAAGAUGAUGAGGAUAAUGAAAUUUACGCACUACCCAUAGCAGCGGGAGCGGAACAUUUAACAGCUGCAGUGAAAGCCCAACUGAGUGAUAUCAGAGAUAAAAAUUUUAAAGACGUUAAAUUAAUGCAAAUUAAAAUCCAAGAUGAUUCAUGGCGGGAGAAGGUUGAAAAGUUCGGCAUAAAUAUUUAUGGUAUGACUCAACAACUGAGUGUCAAUAAAACUGACGCUUUAUUUUUAGCCUCUGGUAGUAAAAAUAAUGCUAGAAAACUUCUCGGUAAAAUAAAUGUUGAGUUUGCAAAUGUUAUCGAAUCAAAAGGACUUACAAUAAGAACUCAGGAUUAUAAAUUCCUGUGGAUUGUUGACUUUCCUUUGUUUGAAAAAGGAGAGGACGGAAGUAUCGCUUCGACUCAUCAUCCGUUCACUGCACCUCAUCCUGAUGACGUCAAAUAUUUGGAGACUGAUCCAUUGAAGGUACGAGGACUGCAUUACGAUCUAGUGUUGAAUGGAUCCGAAAUAGCUGGUGGUUCCAUUAGAAUCCACAAUUCGGAGCUACAGGAACAAGUACUCAAGAUGUUGAAUAUCGGUACUUCAGAAAUGAAACACUUGUUGGAAGCAUUAGCUAGCGGAGCUCCUCCACACGGAGGGAUUGCCUUUGGAAUGGACCGUUUGAUAUCAAUUCUAUGCAAGUCACCGAGCAUCAGAAACGUAAUUGCCUUCCCCAAGACCAUGGAAGGCCGGGACCUGAUGUCUGGAGCACCUGCUGAUAUAUCAGAAGAUGAAAAAAUAUUGUAUCACUUAUCGACACCAAAAAAUUAAGAUUAAAGAUAUUGUUGACUAGUAAUUAAGGUGUAAAAAACGGUUUGUAUUUUAUUUAAUCAAUUAGCUUGCUGGUUUAAUUACAAAAAAAGUUAUAAUUACAGUAUUGUUAUAAUUUACCAAGAUUUUUAAAUCAUCGUCAUGAUCAUUUAUUAUAAUUAUUUUUUCACAAUUUAUAAAUCAUUUAAUGAUAUAAUUUUUUUACAAUAAAUUACGUCAAUAAAACUAUCAAUCCCUAAUUAUUAAUUUUUUUUUUUUUUUUUUUAAUUUUGAGAACGUCUGGAGCAAACGUAACUCAUGCCUAGUGUCCUUAAAUUAUUACAAUUAUUAUUAUUAAUUAAUUUAUUUAUUUAUCAUGAAAACGUGCGAUAAAAAAAGAUGGAUAAAUAAAAUAUUUUAUUUGAUUUCAGCAAAUAUGGAUGAAUUUAGUUUAAUUAAUUAAUUAAAAGCCGAUAAAACGGAACUUAUCGACUUAUGGUGAGACUCAUUUACAUUUUAUUUUAUUUAUCAAUUUUUUUUAAUAUCUUAAUGAACUUUAAUUGAAGCGUGGGUGCUUAUAAAUGUUACUCUUAUCAUCUAUUUAUAUUUUAAUAUAAAAAUUCCAUCGUCUGAAAGUAUAAAAAAAAGGAAAUGUUUUUUUAAUUAUUAAUAUUUUUUUUUGACAGUGACAAUAAAAAAGGACAAGUACGUAAAUAAAAUACAUUAAUGUCUCUAAAUCUAUAUUUAUAUAUACAUAUAUAUUUUUAUAUAUAUAUAAAUAUUGUAUGUGUGUUUCAAAUGCUACGACACAGCUUAUCUAGAUGGAUAAAUUAAUAAUGAACAAUGGAAGAUUAAUUUUAUUAUUACAUAGAUUAUAAUAGUUGUCAGUGUCCGACUUUAUAAUUAAUGUUUAUUAUCAAUUACCAUAAUAAUAAAUUAAUAAUAUUACAAAAAAAAAAGUUCAUUCACAUUUGAAAAUACCGUUCACUAUUACAACCACAUUUAAGCAUUUUUGAUUCUACAAAGUUUAUAAUUUCUCGUUGUGCGGACGGAGAAGGGGCGCGUGUAUCACUAAAUACAUAUCGAACCGCGCUUAAUUAAUUCUUUUGACACUUAACAUUUUUUUUUCCUUUAAGGUAAAAGACCUAGUACACGAUCACUUCAUGUAUUUGUGUAUCUAUAUGUACUGAAUUGUACUAAAUAUAAAUAUACAAGUACAUGAAGUGAUCGGGUACUGGGUCUCUUACUUUAAUUGUUUUUUUUUUUUUGUCUAAAGUAAGAGACCCAGUACCCGAUCCCUUCAUGUAUGUAUAUCUAUAUGUACUGAAUUUUACUAAAUAUAGAUAUACAAGUUCAUGAAGUAAUCAGGUACUAGUUCCCUGAUCAGGUACCGGGUCACACCCUAGAAGAAAAAUAAAAAAAAGAUUAAGGUAAGAACUCAGUAUCUGAUCGGAGAACUAGUACUCAAUUAGGGAACUAGUACCUGCUCAUUCAUAUAUUUAUAUAUUUAUAUUUACUAAGUUUAACUGAAUAUAAAUAUACAAAUAUAUGAAACUAUCAGGUACUAGUUCCCUAAUCGAGUACUAGGUCUCUUACCUUAUAUAAAUAAUUUUAUAACUCAAAAUUUUCACAUGCUACUCUUGCGCUAUCGACUUAUUUACGUUUAUUUCCACUCUUUUGAGUGGAUCCAAUAAAAGUAGUUGAUUGAUAAUUAGUAAUUAUUAUUAAUAUUAAUAUUAUUAUUAUAAUUAUUGAUAUACUAUAAAAUGUAUGCGCUGUUGGUUAUUAAAUCUAAAGAUAAUUUUGUAUCGUGAUAAUCAGCCGGAAAUCACAGAAUAACUGAAUUGACGUAAUGAUGAUCCAAUCAGUUGUUUAUUUUAAAUUUAAAUCUUUAAAAAUUUUUUUUUUUGUUAAUGCUAUUAUCUUUCACAGCGUCAAUUUUUAUUUAAUAUAAUUAAUAUAUAUAUUUACAUGUUGUACGGCAGUUAAAUUCAAUGAAAUUACAGACAAAUAUUAUAUAUAUAUAUAUAUAUUUAUACCUAAAUCAUUUAAAAUUUAUAAUUUCGUCAAUAUGAUAAUUUUGUUACACAUAUAAUAUAUAUAUUUUAUAGACUCCCGACACUUGGAUUUAGUUGCGCAAACUAUCUAUUAAUCGAAGACAAACAGUUUGAUUAAUAUCAAUUGCGAUUACAUUAUUAUUAUAUUCAUAAUUAAUAUUAUCAUUACUAUUAAUAUUAAUUAUUUUUUUUUGUUUAUUAUAUUUUAUAAAAAAUACUAUAUUACAUCGAGUUGUACAUCUAUACUCGUAUCGUUAAAUCACAAACGCUUGCGCCUUUCUCACACAUGCAUCCUUACAAUUACAUCCACAUUUAAUGUUAUGCAAUAUAAAGAUAGUUAUAUAUAUAUACUUAUAUUUAUCCGCGUAGAUUUAAUGCAGAAUAAAUGAGUUGUUGAGAGGAAACGUUAAGACGAUAGAGAAUGAGAAAGGGAACGUUUGUUAUACAUAUUUAUCGUAAUUAUAUAUGAAUAAUAAAAGGAGUGCCGUAUUUACAUAAACAAAAGGGUCACAGGGUUUUUUUUUUUUUCUUUUCAAAUUUUUUUUGCGCGCGUUCAGCCAAGCGACUCAUCAAUUAUCUCAUUUUAUUUAUUGCCCGUAUCCAGACAAUUAAAUAGCUUUUGCACGGAAAUGGAAGUUCUGUUAACGAAAAAUAUUAUUCCGGCGGUUAUUUAUCUAAGCAAAUAAAGUGACAAAUCGGUUGGUUGAUUUCGAACGACAAUUAUCUAAAUUAACAUUUUAAAUUGUUGAUAUACAAUUAUUUUUUUUUUAAAUCUUUUUUGUAGCCGUAAUGACAAGCACAGGUACACAGGAACAUAACUAUGUACACGGAUACAAAACGUGAAUACUAACGGUAUUUAUAUUUGUUAAAGUUCAGUAAUAAUGUGACCGAAGAUAACUAACAUAUACGCAUUAUUAUUUAAAUAGUAUUAGUGUUGGUGAGUGUCGAUGUCAAUGACGGAGAUAACAAAUGUCUCUAAAUUAAAAAAAAAAUAUAUAUAUAUAUAAAUAUAAAUUUAUAUAAUAUUGUAAUGCAAUAAAAUGUUAUAAAUAUAGGCGGCGCAUUGUCGAUCACGUUUCGGCGCGUGUGCUCUUAAUUACACGCAAUGUUUCUUACACUAUUUAAUAUAAAAAAAAAGAAAUAAUAAAUGAAAUUAUAUUACUCUUGAACCUCGGUAUCCUCGUGCGUUAAUCAGAUGACGAUAAAAUAAUAACAUAUUUGUAAAAAAAUUAAUCUUGUAGUUGUUAUAUAAACAGUAAUUGUCAAUAAAUUUAAAUCCUUAAUUAUUCACAACAAUUAUUCGCACUUGAUGUACCGAUGAGAUCGUGUUGUACUCAUGUAUUUAUAAAAUAAAAAAUAAUAACAGUUAUUAUUUAAAAAAAAAAAAAAAAAAAAAAAAAAAAAAAAAAUUGUAAACUCUUACGCAGUGUCUUCGACAGUUGGCAACCAGAAUGCCAUGUUGGUGCAUGCGGACGCGAGCAUCAUGUACUUUGGAUUAAACUGAAUGCACUGAACGGGGGCUGGGUGGUCACCAUUCAGUACGCAGACCUUGUAACCAGUGUCGGCAUUCCACACGUGGACCCGACCGUCUGUUGAUCCGCUGAAGACAAACUGGGAGUCAGGACUGAAGCUCGCCUCGAUGGCGAUUCCUUUGUUGUUGAGGUAACCCGCGAAUGUCUGCAGAGGCGUACCGUGAAAUGCGUCGAUCAGACGGAUGAUGCUGCCGUUUGUUGAAAUCAAAAUAGUUUUGCCGUCCCGGCUGAACUUCAAGCCUGUCCAGUCGCACUCUUUUUCCUGGGUCAGUUUGAAGGUGACGAAAGGUCCCUUGUCAAAACUACGAAGAUCGUAGAGUUUUAUACACUCGGAGUUAACACCCGCGGCAAAGAUGAGGCCCUCGGGAUCAUAGGCAGCUACUGGUCGGCCGGAGACAUUCAUCACUCCAUGACAGUUGGGCGACCUCAGGUCCCAAAGUCUCAGUGUCUUGUCGAGCGAACCCGAGAGAAAGGUGUCCUCGACGGGGCUUAUGCACAGUGACACGACUUUCUUGGUGUGACCGGGAAAAUAUCUUAUGUAUUUAUUGUCGUGUAGACUGAGGUAGCGGAUUGUGUCAUCGACCUUGGUGCUACUGUGUAUCGCAGUGUUCUUGGCGUGAGUAAAGUGUAUAAGAUCGACUCCAUAUUUUUUCGAAUUAACUGUGCGCAUUUGCGUACCUUUUUCGCAGUCGUAAAUCACUAUUUGAUCGUCUUCGGAGCAUGAUAUCAAUGUGUCACCACUCUGGGAAAAAUCGAUGCUGUUUAUGCGGUCCGAAUUCUCACGAAAUAUCUUGGCAACUUUGAAGCUCCUCACCACGUGGUCGACGAGCUUCAUGGCUAGCUCUUGUUGUUGUUGUUGUUUUUGUUACGAUUAUUAUUAUUAGGACCGAUGAUCAAACAAAUAAAAGAUGUCCCUUGAGUCGAAAACAACUACUAUUAUUAUUAUACUGAAACUAUACUUAUGAUUAUUGUAUUGUCUUGAUGUCGUUGUCGCAGCAGCCACCGACGCCGCGAUUAUUGUCCUUCCUCGUUAGUUUCCUCACCCUCUCUUUCUCUCGUUCCUUCCUUCCUCGUUUCUAAAAUAUAUGUAUUUAUAUAUAUGUGUACAUGUAUAGGUAUGUAUAUAUUUAAUAUAUGUCUGUAUAUAUAUGAUGAUGUCUCCCUCUUCUGUCCAAUUUUAUUCUCCAAAGAUUUAAUUGUCGUUGACGAUUGAAUUUUAUACGAUGACGCUUAGAUGAUUGUAUUGAGCAUCCGUAAUAAAUAAGUGUGGCGUCGGCACAGCCUGACGUCUUAAAUUAAUAACAAUUUAUAUUUAUUUAAAUUUAAAAAAAACUUGAUAUUGUGAGCGGUUGUUGUGUGAAAAGGGUUGACGAAGAAUAAAAAAAAAAAGUCCCGGGCAAAUGAUGAUCGCACACUGUCGUUGUUACAAAAGAACGCCGGUAAUCUUAUGAUCUAUUACCGCCAAUUUGAAACAAAACCACUGGGCCCACCAGCUGGCAAAUUGUCACGACAAAUGUCGAAUAAAAUCCCGACAAUUUGUUAUUUUUCACGUCAAAUAGAUGCUCUCUUACCGCAAAACGAGUCUCUUCUGAUGUAAAAAUCCAUCGACAAAACCCAUGCACGAUGGUAGUCACUAAUCCUUGCACGACAAUAGUGCCAACUGUUACUUUACUCUCUGUUGGAGAUUUUAUUAUCAUUAUUAUUUUGCUUAUACGUCUACUUCCACGUCGACGCCCGCCAUUAUUUGUGUCCCCGGACACGAGGUCCAUCAUCUACGGCGACGUCAGCGGGAAAUAUUUGUUUGACAUAACAAAAUAAAUAUAUAAGACACUGAAAAUAAGACACAGGGCAGAGGUACCGUUUUUGGUCAGUUUUUGACACGGAAAAUUUAAAUAAAAUAAAUUUUUAAACACGCAAUUAAUGAUACUUGACAUUUUUAAUAGGAGAGGAGGAGUUUCAUAAUCCAUCCCGAUCGUAUUUGUAAUUUUUGUACAAGCCCAGUAUUUUUGGAGCAAUCAGAUUUUGGUCUUUCAUGUUUAUUCCAAGCCACUUAGUAAUGAGUGAGUGUAGCAGACAUCAGACAAAUUUAAAAUUAUAAAUGAAUAGAGUAAAUAAUUAAAAAACUAAAAUUAUAAAAAAAUGCACUUAUUAAUCUCAAAAUUUUUUAAAUGCGCAUUUUUUAAAAAUUUUAUUUGAAUAAUUAUUCACUCUCCCUGAUUAAACAACUGAAUUCGAUCGAAUUGAACAGAAUUAAAUUUUUAAUUCAGAUAAAUUCUGUUAAUUCGGUACGUAACUUAAAAAUGAGUUCUGUCUAAUUCGGCAGGAAAACCAGAAUUUAUCCAAAUUAAAACGAAUUUAAAUAAUUUUAUUCGGUUUAAUUCUGAUUAAUUCGAAAAUAAUUCUCCAAUUUAUGGUUCUGAAUCCGAAUUAAAACGAAUUUGAAAUUUUUAAAUCGGUUUUAUUCUGUUUAAUUCAAAUUCAAAUUUUCAAUUCAGUUCAAUUCUGUUUUGCAGAAUUCAACAGAAUAUUACAGAAUUAAAAUUUUUAAUUCGGUCAAAUUCAGUUGUUCAAUCAGGGCUGCUUGAACAACUGAAUAAAAAUGAAACAAUUAUUUUAUAGGUAGAAAAAUAAAUUAAAAAAUUGCGCAACUUUAAUUUAUUAUCCAAAUUUUUAUUUCUUCACAUUUUACAGUUCGUUGUCGGCGGAUACAUGUAUAUUUUAAUGUAAUGUAUUAAAAAAUUUGUUGUUAAAAUUACAUUUAUUGUUUUGUUUAAAUAAAACAGUUGUACCUUUUAAUCAAGCGCUAUCAAAUAUAAUUGAGCAUCGAAUUAAACUUGUUUUUUCAUCAAUUCCAUCUAGUUGUAAGUAUCUCGUAUCACAAAAAGCUCAAGAAAAUGAUCAAUGAUCAUACAUUUUUAACACUAGCAGUCAGCAGAUUUAUAUAUUUUUUUUUUUUGCUCAUUGCAUUUUUAUUGUGCUGCAGAUAGAGUGAGGCGUGAAAAUCCAAGCUGAUUAUUAUUUCAUUGUAAAAAAAUACACCUUUCAGCUAAUUGACAUAAAUAAUGCAAUAAAACUGCACUUUACUCACAUACUACUUUUGUUAUUAAAUCAAUAAAUUUUAAAUUGCAUUAUCUUAUGUACAAAUUUGAUACAGCUCUCUACUAAAUAAUAAAUAAAUAAAUAAUUUAAUAGUUUGAGUAUACAGUCCAUCGAUUUGGAUUUUCCACUCGCAAAAUCACUUUCGUACUUAGCAAAAAUUUUAAAUCGUUUCAUUCUAUAACUUAACAAUUAGUUUAACUUCUUACGUUUCCUCAAUUUUAUUUAAUUAAAUUCUAUAUUUUUUUUUU